UAUCAAUUGAAUUUAUUUAAAUUAAUAAAUACUUUACAUUCAAUAGUUGACAUCAAUCAAACGAAUAUUUGAAUUUCAAAUUUUUCUCAAUAAAUAAGAAUUGAAAAUCUAUAUCUUUUACUAUUUUAUUUGUGAAAUUAUUACACAUUAGAAUAAAUGUAUUGUAUUGAACAAUUUUUUAUUUUCAGGUCUCUCAGAUUUCUCUUUAAUAAAAAUAUUUUGUUGAAUCGAAACGAUAACGAUUUCUUAUCAAUGUUUUUUUUAAAAUGAAGAAAAUUAAAGAAGAAAUCUAUUUUUAAUAUCAAAAUCUAUACAAUUCAGUUUGCACCACAAUAUUCAUAUAUGUUAUUGAUCAUAUCUACUUUUAUCAAUAUAUCAGUUGAUAUCAUAUAUUUAUAUCAUUAUUCUGAAUUCUUUGGUCAAUAAAAUUCGUUCUUUAUUGAUUAAAUUCGAUAAUCAGAUAAGGUGCAACUAGAUAAUGCAAUGAAAUCACAAUAAAAAUACAGAAGUUAUGCGGUAGUCAUAUUGUCGAAUUAAACAUUUGUCUACAUUAGUUCAUCAUGAUUGUUCAAAUUCGAUUACUUUUUUUACUUUCCAUUUUAUUCACUGCUAGCUUUGCGAAUUUUCAAGAUGUUGCAAACAAUAAUGAAAGUUCUGGAAAGAUAUCGGCUAUACUCAACAAAUUGUUCGACACGGCAUUACCUUCAAUUCAAAUGUUUAUUUUAAAACAUAAAUUAGAUCCUAUGAAAUUGGAUGAUCUAUCCCAAAAUCUGAAAGGAGUAAUAAUUCACCAUAGAACUCUUAAUUUAACAAACGGUUCUCUUCAAGGAUUAUCAAAUGUAAGACGGGCAAACGAUAUUAUUUUGUCUUUUGAAAACAAAAUUCUAACUCUAGAUGCAACUCUAGGAUUCGACGAUCUUAAGGCUAAUUAUAAUUAUCAUCUUUAUGAUUUACUAAUCAAUAAAAAAGGAAAAGUUUACGGUUAUAUCAAGGAUAUAGAGAUGCGAAUAAUAAUAGAUUUAGAUAUGAACAAUUAUAAAGUUGCUGUUCCUAUGGCUAAGAUUAUUAAAUUAGAUAAAUUUGAUAUCGCUUUUAAGGGUAAUAUAGAUGAUCCAAUAAUAAAUGCUGCAAUUAAAGCUAUUACUAAAAUAUUUCGUACAAGUAUUAUAAAUAUGGUGAAUACAGAAUUUUCGAAAGCAUUGCAGGAAUUUGUAGGCGAGAUCAAUAAGAAGAUACCGCAACCUAACCAAGUAUUAGAUAAUGAUAACAUUUGGCACUAUUUAAAAUUUAAUUUAUCUUAGAUGGCUUUGUUUCAUCUAAUACAAUUUAUUGAAUUAAAAAAAAGAUAUCUGAUGUAAAAAUGUAUAAAAAUGUAAAAUAAUAAAGUAUCCCAUUUCAAUAUA